GUGUUCGGUGCAGCACACCCCAAGCUGCGCGGAUCACGAGCGAGACCCGCUGACCUGCCUGGCUGUGCGUGCCUAAACUCCUUGACAACUCCACCGGCGCUGGUCAGCGUGCCGGUCGAGGAGUGUUCUUCACACACUCCCACUCACGUUUCGUUACUUCGGUGUAGUCACAGUUGAAAAGUUAUACAUUCGAUUAUUUAGGUAACGUUCAUAAACCUUGUGCCUUGAGGAUGGAUAUGGUGAGGUUUGUGCUAAAUUUGCUGCUUGCGAGCGCGGCGGUUCUGUUGGGCUUGACCAGGGCUUCAGAAAUGCAAGUGAUUGACAUGCUGGAGCUGCACGAUGCCAGGCAGAGUGCGUCCGCGGUGGGGAAGAUGUCGGGGGCUCUGGGCUUCGUGUCGGACCUUUACCUGGUGUCAACUCUUCGUCUGCCGCCCAAACUGGGAGGAGUGCUGUUGGGAGUCUACAACAAAGGCGACAACAGGAAGUACCUGGAGGUGGCCCUCAUGGGCAAGGUCAACAAAGUUCUGGUGCGCUACGUACGCAAGGAUGGUAAACUCCACACAGUGAACCUCCAGAACCCCGGCCUCUCUGAUGGACGCACCCAGUCACUCAUCCUCCGUGUGGGUGGGCUCCAACGAAACCACCUCCACAUGGAACUCUAUGUCAACUGCCGAUUGGCUGACUCAGCACAGGUCCUGCCUUCCAUGGUCCAGCUCCCAGCCGAGGCAGAGUCUGUGGAGAUACGCAACGGGCAGAAGGCCUAUGCCAGGCUACAGGGCUCAGUGGACUCUUUGAAACUGGCUUUGGGUGGCUCUAUAGCCAAAGCAGGAAUCCUUACCGACUGUCCAUUUCAGGGAGAUACACAUUUUCCGAAUUCAGUUAGCGCCGAUGUCAAUGCCAUUCUGGGUGACCACACCAAGGCUUUGAUUGGCCAGCUGAUCAUCUUCAACCAGAUUCUUGGCGAACUCCGAGAGGACAUCAGGGAACAGGUAAAGGAGAUGUCUCUGAUUAGGAACACUAUCCUGGAGUGCCAAGUGUGUGGCUUCCACGAGACCCACUCUCGCUGCGAGCCCAACCCUUGCUAUAAGGGCUUGGCCUGUACAGAGACCAGGGAGUACCCAGGGUACCGUUGUGGUGCCUGCCCAGACGGCAUGACGGGGAAUGGCACCCACUGCCAGGACAUUGACGAGUGUGCUCUAGCCCGGCCCUGUUUCUCGCCCGAGGGUUGCGUAAACACGGCAAAGGGCUUCACCUGUGAACCAUGUCCCGUCGGCUUCUCCGGACCCCUCCUUAGCGGGCUUGGGGUGGAGUUUGCCAAAAGCCACAAGCAGAAGUGCAGAGAUGUGGAUGAGUGUGCUGUCCUCUACAAGGCCUGUGUGCCGAACUCUGUCUGCAUCAACACAGAGGGCUCGUUCAGGUGUGGUCCGUGUAAGGAGAGCUUCGUAGGCAACCAGACGGUGGGCUGUUUCCUACGGAGGUCCUGCGCCACGCUGGGCUUCAACCCCUGUGACGUCAACGCCCACUGUGUCAUAAAGGGUGCUGCCAGGGUCUCCUGCGAGUGUAAUGUGGGCUGGGCAGGUAAUGGGCAUACAUGUGGCCCAGACACAGACAUUGAUGGCUACCCCGACCAACCUCUCCCCUGCAUAGACAAUGACUAUCACUGCCGAGCCGACAACUGUGUGAACACGCCCAACUCUGGCCAGGAGGACGCAGACGGAGACGGUAUAGGUGACCAGUGUGAUGAGGAUGCGGACGGAGACGGCAUCAAGAACGUGGAGGACAACUGCCGUCUGGUCCCCAACAAAGAUCAACAGAACUCGGACACAGACUCGUAUGGGGACACGUGUGACAACUGCCCCAACGUUCCCAACGGAAGCCAGAAGGACACAGAUGGAAACGGGGCUGGGGAUACCUGUGACAAUGACAUUGAUGGGGAUGGUAUCCCAAACGUGCUGGACAACUGUCCCAAGGUGCCCAACCCUAUGCAGACUGACCGUGAUGGGGAUCGAGUGGGGGACGCUUGUGACAGCUGCCCGGAAGUCAACGACCCCAUGCAGUCUGAUACAGACAACGACCUGGUGGGAGAUGUGUGUGACACCAACCAGGACAUGGAUGGGGACGGCCACCAGGAUUCAAGGGACAACUGUCCAGACGUCCCUAACAGCUCCCAGCUGGACUCAGACAAUGACGGCAUCGGCAACGAAUGCGACGAUGACGACGACAACGAUGGCAUUCCAGAUGCGAGACCUCCCGGGCCGGAUAACUGUCGUCUCAUCCCUAACCCCAGCCAGACAGACACUAAUGGAAAUGGCAUUGGUGACAUGUGCGAGAAUGACUUUGACAACGACUCCGUGAUAGACUUGAUUGACGUGUGUCCAGAGAGCGCUGAAGUCACAAUGACCGACUUCAGAAACUAUCAGACGGUCAUCCUGGACCCGGAGGGCGAUGCCCAAAUCGAACCCAAGUGGAUUGUGCUCAAUCGGGGUAUGGAAAUUGUUCAAACCAUGAACAGUGACCCUGGUUUGGCCAUAGGCUACACAGCCUUUAACGGGGUAGACUUUGAAGGGACAUUCCACAUCAACACGGCCACAGACGAUGACUAUGUGGGCUUCAUCUUCGGUUACCAGGACUCGUCCAGCUUCUACGUGGUCAUGUGGAAACAGACGGAGCAGACCUACUGGCAGUCGCUGCCUUUUAGGGCCAUGGCCCAGCCAGGCCUGCAACUAAAGGCAGUGAAGUCACGUACAGGUCCAGGCGAGUACCUCCGGAACGCCCUGUGGCACACGGGCGACACCCCGGGCGAGGUCACCCUGCUGUGGAAGGACCCCCGGAAUGUGGGCUGGAGGGACAAGACAUCCUACCGCUGGCACCUCAGCCACCGCCCGCAGAUGGGCUACAUCAAAGUGAGGCUGUAUGAAGGCAUGACAUUGGUGGCAGACUCGGGCGUGCUGGUGGACACCUCAAUGAGGGGCGGGAGGCUGGGCGUCUUCUGCUUCUCCCAGGAGCAAAUCAUCUGGUCCAACCUGGGCUAUCGCUGCAACGAUACUGUACCAGAGGACUAUGAGUUCUACCGCAAGCAGAUCCACAUCAGGGUGUGAUUUUAAGCCUAGCACAGCAUCUGUGCAGCUACAUUACAUCACCUGUGCCUUCGCUGUAUCCUGUGUGUCUGUGUGUGCGCAUAUACAUGCAUACUUUUGUGUGUUUUUAAGGUACAUUUAAUUUACAGUGGUGCUCUUUCUGUCUUUAACUCCACAGCAACCUUACACCCGACUACAGGUUGGCCAAGUCAAGAGUUAAAGAUUGAUUGACAAAAUAAUAGUUUUUAUUAUUAUUAUAUAAAAUGAAGAAUGAAAGCUAUACUGAACAAAAAUGAUAAAGCAAAAUGCAACCAUUUGAAAGAUUUUACUUAGUUACAGUUCAUAGAAGGAAAUAAGUCAAUUUAAAUAUAUAAAUUAGGCCCUAAUUUAUGGAUUUCACAUUACUGGGCAAUGAGCGCAGCCAUGGGUGGGCCUGGCCCAGCCAAUCAGAAUGAGUUUUUCCCAACAAAAAUGCUUUAUCACAGGACAGAAAUACUCUUCAUCUCCUCAGACGAUCCUGCAGGAGAAGAAGCCAGAUGUGGACGUCUUGGGCUGGCAUGGUUACACGUGGUCUGCGGUUGUGAGGUCGG